AAGAAAAGUAAAGAACCAGAGAUGCCACUGGGUAAGUGGGCUAAAUACCGAAAAAAUACUGCAAAGACUGGGAGAAAGAAGAAAAGUUAAAAGAGUAGCAGUGUACGUGGCGAUGACUCAAAAGCAGCGUGUAGGUACUGUAAAUGUGAAGUCCAAGCACAUCACAGCGAUCUGUUAGCUCACUACGACAGAGAAACACGCUAGAAACGCGGCUCCAUUUUCAAAUGCAAGAAGCUUAUUUGAAGCUGGCAGCCCAUAUUGCUUGCCAUUCCAACAUCCUCGCCGUAGGGAUGCAUAGUCAGGGAAGUUGCACAGAAGGAUAUUAGUCUUCACAGAACAAAAUGCUCAGCAUUUAUAAAAUCUGUCAACGGGCCCGUUAAUCAUCAGGAGAUGCCUGAAGACAUCGGGAAAGAGCCAUCCUCUCUAAUUGUAGACGAAAGCACAGAGAUCAGUGCAAACAAGCAACUCUGUGUGGUGUUAAGGUACUUCAGCAGAAAACUUGAACGUAUCGUGACAUCGUUUGCCGGGACUGUUUGCUUGCCGGCCGGUGAUUCUCACAGCAUUGCAACAGCCUUAUUCAAAAUCUUAAAGGAAAACCAGUUGGAAGUGGAAAGAUGCAUUGGUCUGGCAACAGACGGUUGCAGUACAAUGUGUGGGAAAAAUAAUUCGGUACUAACAAAGUUAAGGGAGGUGAAUCCAAAAAUUGUGUACAUUUUAAGUGCGUUUGUCAUUCACUGCAGCUCUGUGCAUCUAAAGCAAUGGACGUACUUCCUGGAAACAUUGAGUACAUUGUAUCACAGACGUACUCGUGGUUUUCCCACAGCAAAUAGCCAAUGUGUUGAUCGAGUACUUUCUCAGUAGGAAUAACUAAAGUUGCACUUUCAGCUUACAAAGGACACUGAAAGGAACUAUAAUGCUGAACUACUGUACCAGAUGUAUUCAGACUGCGUAAACAGAAUGUAUCUGUUUUCUUCAGCCCGUUGUCAGUGAGGUCAACAGAAUAAACAAGCUGUUUCAGUUUGACAGCGCCAGUCCAGCAAAACUUCUUGCAGAUUUAUUGACAUUUUACCGCAGUUUGAUCCAACGAAUCAUGAAACCUCACGAUUUUCCAACAUGGUCAUCUGUAAUGGAUUUUGACGUAUCGUCCGACAGAAACAGCUUGCCACUUUCAGCAGUGGACCUCGGGAUCAAGUUCCAGUUAGAACUGUCAGAAUCAAAGAUCGAACCUCAGAAAGCAGAGGAUGUCAAACGCAGAUGCAGAGAUUACGUUCGAGUUUCUGAAAGAGGUAAAACAAAGAUUGCCUCCCAAUAUCCAGCAACUUGAGUCACUUACCGUUCUCAGCCCAACUGUUGUACUCAGUUCCAAAAAGCCACAGCUGGCAAAUUUUAUUUAAUUUAAUUGCAAUGGCGAGCUUUAAACAAUGUACACUGGAUGCACACUGAAGAAGAGUUCAGGGUUGAAGCGGCGAAACACACCGAUGCAGCUGGUGAUAAAGAUUUCACUGAACUUGGUCUUUUUGCCUUAACUCUUAGCUCUACCAUUUAGCAAUGCAUCAGUGGAACGAGCUUUUUCACAAAUGGCCCUAAUCAAAGCCAAACUACGAAACCGAAUGCAAGAGAAACUGUUGGAAAACAUUCUUAGGGUCAGAGCAUACACAUAUGCAGCGUAAUAAGAUGUGCUGCAACCAAUUUCAGUCACCCAAAGCAAUGCUGUCACUGUUUACAGGUGGCAUCUAUGAAGCAAAUAACGCAGAAGAUGGUGCCGAAUCAGAGGACCUUUUUGAAACUAAAACUAAUAUAAGAAAAAAACACAACAAAGUAAAAAUGUUUUAUUUUGUACAUACUUUUUUUUACGUACUUUUUUUCUUUGUACAUAUUUAAAAUGGACUUGAGAUACACCUGCAUGAUGAUAACAGCUGGCCCUUGCACGAGGAGAUUGAAGUGUGAUGGAUAUAAGGAGGGAAUUCUCACUGGGGAUCUUUGUGAAGAUCUGUGCAUCAGCAAGCAAGUGGUGUACCAAAGAUGUCUUUACUAUGAAAAGGGCAAAAAGGUCAUUCAGGCAGACUGGGAUGGUAUUCCCAUUAUCCUGAAAUCAAAACUGGAAAACUUUUCCUCCUAUGACAAUUUUGGAAUGCUGGAUUACCAGGAAAUGCAGGAUGUUUCCACAAUGGAUAUUGUGUUUUAUGCAGCCCUGGAGAUUAAAAACUCGUUGGGGUUGGAACUGAUCAACACAUCUGUGCCACAAUUAUGGAGCAAACAUUUACAAGGGAGAGUUGAACCCUACUCCAAAGCAGAACUGGCCACCAUGUGGUCCCUUCUCCAACAGGAAGAGUAUACUUUUUUCAAAAUGUUACAGGAUCUGAGCAAGCAUGUUGUCAAGGUACUGGGAUCCUGUGGACACUUUUAUGCAGUGGAGUACCUUAUAGCUGGCCAUGCUUGGAAUCAGAACCUGUUUUCCCUGGAAGAACUUUUUAGUUCAUCUGUAACAGGCCACAACAACAGAGCCUUAAGGGGGGCUAUUCAUACAAUUGCACUGAGCUUUUUAGACAUGGUCAAGCACUUUGAAAACGACUUUUCCUACCAUCUUCACCUCUGUGACAUCAAACCAGAAAAUUUUGGCAUUAGAAAAGAUCUGACAGUUGUUGCAAUCGAUGUAGACAUGGCUUUCUUUGAGCCCAAAAUGAGGGACAUCCUUCAACAGAAUUGCACAAAUGAUGAAGACUGUAAUUUUUUUGACUGCUUUUCUAAGUGCGACAUGCAGCGCAACAGAUGUGGUGCAAAAAGGAUAAACAGCAAUUUGCAAGUGAUCUGUGACAAGAUGUUCCGCCACUGGUUCUCCCCCAGGCUGAUAGGCUCCAGGGCCAGCCUUCCUCUGCAAGUCGAGCUGCAGAAGGCCGUGCAGAGGUGUGCUGUGCCAACUAAGGAGUACCUGAAGAACAAGAAAGAUCAUCAAACCCUCUUCUCAGAACUCUAUGGACUGCUGCAGGCUAGCCAGAGACAAUUACAAGAAUGAAGGAGACAAAAAACUUUUUCAUGAUGUGUGUGAUACACUGCCAUUGUGGAUUCUGUCCUGUCCCCUGUUGGUGAGAUGAGAUGAGGUAAAAAGCUCUAUAACCGUGAAUGCAGACAAGUCUGGCUCUCUUCCUCCUGUAACACAUGUGGUUCAAUCGUCUGUUUAGAGUAUGUGCUUUUAUAAUAAAAUAAAAUGGUGUUAACAAAUAAAUCUUUUUUUUUUUUUUUUUUUUUCAGCUGUUAAAAUGCAUGUAUAUUUAAUUCAGUAAAAUGUGUAUUACAUUUUGGAAAUCUAGUGUGUUUAUUUCUUGGCAAAAUGGAUGUUUGGACAUUAUUUUGAGAAUUAAAUUACACUAAUGGAAUGAGAACUAUUAAACUAAAAGAAUUUCUAUCAGAAAACAACAAUAUCCAUAACAGAUUAAAUGUACUGGAAUUCAUGUCUAGUCCACUAAAAUAACAAAGAAACAGUGACAAGCUAUAAGAAAUAAAGCUGUUUUUUAAAUUCCAACUGAAGUACCCAAUGUAGGGAACCAUGAAGCAUUGAGUGUACACUCAUAAUAUUUUACUUUCUAACACAUUCCAGAUGAUAGGUCAAGAUUUAUUAGAGAGAUUUAUGUCCAAACACUGACCUUAUCCAUGCUGGUGUAGUCAUGCUUGAAGAUUGCAGACGCCCCCUGGUCUCCUCUGAUCACAAAUCUAGAACUGCUGCAGUUUCGAAAAAUGACAUUCAGUUAGUGUUUUUGUCCCGUCAAAAAUGGAAUUAGAAUAGAUUAUAAAAACGCAAUAUAGCCUGUGUUGUUGUACUUGUUUGCAUGGCAGUGUGCUGUGUUCCCGCAUUACAGUAUUUCAUGAUCCAAUAAUUCACUUUUUUUAAGGUUAGGCUAUGCUGAUGAUAAUUUAAAUAUUUUACUGUGCAAGUUCUCUUCAA